UCAUCAGUUACAUCUCUCUCCCUUUGUGUGACAUCCCUCAGCGAGAGAAACCGAGGAAAGCUGGCAUGCGAGGAAUACCGUCUCCACGAAGAGGUCUCCGUCGACUCAUCAUCUUCACCGGAGUCAUCUUUCUCGGCCCUUCCAUUGCCGCCAAAUUGUACUCGUCGUGGAACGAAGUGUCCAUCAGCAACGCGAAGCGGCAACUCGAGCUUGAGCGUCUGGACCUGGAGCGGAAGCGUCUGCAGGAACGCGACAGCACGUGAAUAGCGCGACGGAGAAGUGAAGUCAAGUGAAACGAAGGACUGCAGAGUUCCGAUUCUUUCACUUUUGACCUGGUUGCCUGAGGUCCUGACGCGGGAGAAAGUGGCGUGAACCUUAAAUCUGGAGGUAUCGGAUCUAUCGAUACCUACCUGACCUAGGGUACUGGAUCUGUUAUCCUCUCCUCCACUUCAAGUUCCUCACAUCCAUACGCCCUCUCGCUCGAGUACACGACCGCUACCUCCCAUUCUGUCGCAUUUCGGCCAUACUUCCACCGCGUCUGAUACACACUCACGGCACUCGACCCCGACCGCCAAGAUGCUCAAGAUAUGGAGCAUGAAGCAGCAGCAGCAAAAGAGCGAGGCUGCUGCGGGCGGCGCGAAGAAGAAGAAGGUCACGGCGGCGCAGUUGCGAGUCCAGAAAGAUCUCUCGGAACUCUCCCUCGGCUCCACCAUGAAAACGCACUUCCCCAACGCCGACGACAUCCUCAACUUCACCCUCACUCUCACACCCGACGAAGGACUCUACAAAGGCGGAGUCUUCAACUUCUCCUUCGUCAUCAGCCAAAACUUCCCUCACGAACCACCCAAAGUCAAAUGCAAAGAGAAGAUCUACCACCCCAACAUCGACCUCGAAGGCAAUGUCUGUUUGAACAUUCUCCGAGAAGAUUGGAAACCUGUGCUCAAUUUGAAUGCGGUGAUUGUGGGGUUGCAGUUCUUGUUCCUCGAGCCGAAUGCUAGCGAUCCGUUGAACAAAGAGGCCGCGAAUGAUUUGAUGAGCGAUAGGGAUCGGUUUAAGAGGAAUGUGAGGAGUGCUAUGGCGGGUGGUAAUGUCAAGGGGGAAGCAUUUGAUCGGGUUAUGAAGUAAGAGAGAGAGAGAGAGAGAGGGACCGAUCAUGAUUAUGGGCGUCGGAGCUGGAGCGAGUACAGUGCAUUUUAGGCGCGGGGGGUGACUUUCUUUUCCUCUUGGGGGAGUGGGACGACAACACAAUCGGAGAAGCGAGAUAUAGGCAUAGAGCGCCCUCGUUUAGACAGUCAUGCUCUCGGGACCAUUCAGCUGAUCAAUUACUAAGGACCUUAGACUGGC